CAGAAAUGGUGCAUAAAACACUUUGAAAACCCCACAUUUUUAAAAACCCUUCAAAUCCCCUGUGGCUCUGUGGAAACAAAACUCCAAUCUCAACCUGGCCUUGAUGUUAUAUUUCCACAGAGCCACGGCAUCAAUUUGAGAUCCAUCCUGCAUUUUUAUCCCUCCGAGUCAAAUAAAUAGCCAUUUUUGCUUCUGCAAUUAAAACAUUUAAAGUCCGGGAUUUUAAACUAGUGGCUCUACUGUAAUGCACACCGUUGAUAAAAAUGGAAUUGGUAAAAACCACUCCAAAGAGGCUAAAAAUUAUCGUUAAAAAAAAUACAAAACUAGUCAACCGUACACAACCCAUAAAAACAUGAAACACACUCCCGGACAACUUGCAAAAAGGACACUCAUUUAAGACCCCAGGACUGAUAACCGAUAAAAACGAGUUUGAUGCGAUAGCGCCAUGAAGUAUCCUCCACUGAAGAUCACCAGUCCGUUUUUUUAUUGGAGGCUUGUAUAGAGUCCUCCACUGAGGUUUUUGUCCUCUGAGUUUGUCACUCCACACACUGACUGCCCUUUUAUGGAGCGUUCUCCUAUUCAGAAUUUUUGUAUAGUAUUUGUACAGUAAUUUUGGACCUGUUUUACAUAAAUCCAUCCCUGAGUCCAUACUUUGCAGGAGAGGACCACUGUCUUCCUCAAAAUCUGGAUCCAGGAACAUGUUCAGGAACGGGACAUUCGGGUCAGGCAGGCACUUUUCUGUAACGUGUAGCUGCAGGAGCCGCCUUUCCCCAGCUAUCAUCUGUUCUUUCGUCUGCUCCAGGAAGCGCCGCACCAGUCUGGCAGACCGGAUCCCAAUCAGCGAGCCAACUUCCUGGACGUUAGAAAGGUCUGUUCCAGCCACCUGUACCAGUCACCGCAGGGUCACCGUCCCGCACCUGGACAACGCCUGAGCAAGGCCCGGUACGGUGCUGUCAUGGACAUCCAUUCUUGCUCCACACACUAAUGGUUCUUCUAAAAGCCAAUGCAGAGAAUUAUGUGUUUGCGACCUGUGCAGUUUAAAAAAAGCACACGAUUUAAAAACACACACACCAAUAAAACUGAGGCAACCCUUUUAACUUUAAAAGACUAACAUCAGUUAAAAACAGAGCAGCAUCCAGCCCCAAAAAAUUAGCUCGUCUAAGAAUGCAGCUGUCUUUGUCCUUCCACACAGCGGAUCCUGUCAGGAACUUCUGAAGGAACUGUAAACGAAAAGUAGCUGUUCUGCUGGCCAGGUGGACAAGGCCCUGGCCCCUCUCCUCUCUUGAUAAGAACAAGACAGACUGUGGUACCCAAUGUAGACCGUUCCAAAAAAGGUUUAUCAUUUCUGAUUGUAUUCAUGUCAUUCUCAGCAUUCAUGUCUUCCUCCCAGGUCCGAGCGCCAAAGAAAUAACCAUGUAAUUUCUCAUCAUCAAUUGCCAUCCCUCUCUUUGUGAGUCUUUUCAGAUUAAAAUGGAGUUUUGACGAAAAUUCUGAAUGAAAGACUCACCUUCACUGCCUCCACCUUCUAAUGACUCUUCCGUGCGUCUCCCGGCCUUCCAAUCAGCAUCCUGUCCGUCUGAUUCUCCAUCCAAUCACCUUCUGACGCCUUGCUUUUAAAGGACCUUCUGCCGUGUUCAUCUUCGCUUGUCAGCUGAGCUCAUCAGCUGUUAUGAUGUCCGACUACGAGUCUGAUGCUCUUUCUGGUCCCGCUCAUCUCCCUGAUGCGGGUCCUUGCCCUCACUAUUCUACUCCAACCCGCAGGAGUCUCCGUUUGGCCUCUUGCCAUCCUCCUCCUUCUCCUACCUCGCAGCUCCAAGAAGCCGGUAUCUGCCCAGGUUCCGACUUGGAUACCUCUCAGCUGGCUCAGCUUGCCGCACUCCUUCCAUGUCAUGGCUCUCCUUCGCCUCCACCUCCACCCUCACCACUUCCUGCCUCUUCUAGAAAGCGUCUCAGGAAGUCCGCUCAUCCUCCAGCUAAGCGUCCUUCUCGGUUCCCGCUGCCACUCCUGGUCCGCCCUCCCCAGUAGCGGGCCCUUCCACCAUCCUCUCGCCUCAAGCCGUUCCGUCUCCUUCUUCCCAACUGAUACCUCCAGCCUUCUUCGAUUCCAUCAACGCUCUUCAGGGUUCAAUCUCCUCACUCACUCAGUAUCUUCAAAGCUUCUCCUCCACUGCUGCCAUGUCUGCCACGUCAGCGCUGUCUGCCCCUGCUGGUCUUCCGGGUACUCUGGCUGUUCCUCAGCCCCUCCCUUCAGGUUUUACUCUAGCUGAAGCCCGGCCAGGCUCAUCUCUAGGUGAGAUGUAUUUUUCCUUUUCUAUUUAUUGCUCCCUUUGUUUUAGCUGUCUGGGCGACAGUUUUCACGUUUUUUCUUUAUAUAUUCAGGUAGAUCUUAUGUUCCCAAGCACGCCAACGUGUCACCCCGGCUGCGCUCCAAGAUCCUGCAAGGGCAAUAUAUUAACUUAGUUUCCCUAAUCAUGCCUUCCCCUGAAGUUGACCAUAAAAUUGCCUCUUCAGCAGGUUUCACGGCUAUAUUUAAAUCUGCUGACCCUCGCCUGUCCAAGGAUCUUUCCUUCGGUGAGUUUGUAGCUGUCUUCAGUAUUUUCAGAGACACUAUUUGUUCUGUUUACCCUAACCGCCGAGUCAAGUUCGACGCUCAUCUUUCCCUGAUCACAGACCUUCAUCUCUCUUACGGUCGCACCCUCUUUUACCAGUACCAUAAAACCUUUGCCUCCAAAGCUGCCUCCACUCUCGCACGGUCUGGUAUUUGCCUAGAUUGGUCCGUCUUGGACACAGAAAUUCUCAUUAUGCUCACUCAAGCCUCCGCCUGUUUUCCUGUGGCAUGCUCGGUCAUCAGAGCUCCCUCUGCCCUUCUCUCCCCUUCUCCUCCAAUGCCCCCUUUCGCCCUCCACCGCUCCUCUCAUCCGGCCCCCAGCUUCUGGAUCGCCGAGGAAGGAAAAUCGAGGUCAUUAAUAAUCAUCCAUUAUGUAACAAUUUUAAUGAAGGUAUCUGCUCAUUCUCCCCUUGUAAUUUUCUUCACAUUUGCAGUUUCUGCAGGGACGCUCAUCCCAAAUUCAUCGGUCCUCGCUGCUCAUCACUUCCCAGGACCUAUUGGGGAUUCAAAAAUUGAUUUCAUGUUACCUCUCGACUACUGUUAAUGUUUCUGAGUUGGCCCUCCUCCUACAAUCCCACCCAGAUCGCUCAUUCACUGAUUUCCUUAUAUCUGGACUCUCUCAAGGUUUUUUCAUAGGCGUUUUCCCCUCUUUUACUCCUAUUCUCGUCUGCCAUAACCUUCAAUCAACUCAGCUAGAACCCGAAAUCGUGACUCAACUUCUUCUUAAAGAAACUUCAAAAGGCUACAUGAUGGGCCCGUUUAAGUCCCCCCCCCCUGGUUACUCAGGGAAGAAACGACUCAUUAUUGAUCUCUCAGCCCCUCAUUCCAGCAUUAAUUCUAUCAUCUCAAAACCCCUUUUUUCCCUCUGUUAUGCUACAGUUGAUCAUGCCAUCGCGAUUAUUAAGGCUGCGGUGCGUGGUGCUUGGCUCGCUAAAGCCAACGCCACAGACGCAUUUAAAAUCAUGCCGGUUCAUCUCUCUCAGUGGCACCUGUUAGGCGUUAAAUGGGAUUGUCGUUUUUAUUUUGCUGUCAGGCUCACAUUCGGUUGCAGGAGCAGUCCCUCUUUAUUUAACAAGUUAUCCGAGGCUCUCUGCUGGAUCCUCCUUAAUAUAGUUAGGAUCCCCUCCGUUCUGCACCUCUUAGAUGACUUCCUUGUCAUUGACUCCCCCUCAUCCUCCCCCGGCCCCUCUCUCCCUAAGUUAUUUCAGCAGGUUGCCAUUCCUCUGUCUGCCGAGAAGACGCUGGGCCCGGCAAAAAGGCUCGAGUUCCUCGGCAUUCUGCUGGAUUCGGAAGAGAUGGUAGCCUCUCUGCCCGAGGAUAAGCUGUCUCGCAUUCGGGAAGUGUCCCAGUCUCACGUCUCCUCUGUUGUCGUUUCCAAGCGGCAACUUCUGUCUCUCUUAGGCCACCUCAUUUUCGCCAUGCACAUCAUUCCCCAGGGAUGUUCAUUUAUUUCCCGUUUGCUAGACCUCGGUAACUCCGUCCACUCCCUGCUUGAUUCUGUGACUUUAGAUGACAGUUGCCGCUCAGAUCUCAGUUUCUGGUUCCGUCUCCUCAUCUAG